AUGCGCCUUGUCAAUACCAAGACUUUGACAUUUGAGGAGUUCUUUGAAACAGAACUUCCGGCUUAUGCGAUACUCUCGCACCGCUGGGGUGCAAAAGAAGUUGAUUACAAGCAAAUACGAAAGGGAAAAGCAAAGAAAGGCCCUGGCUAUGCCAAGUUCCAGGAAUGCUGUGCGCUUGCGGAGUCUCGCCGUUGCGACUGGGUCUGGAUUGAUACAUGCUGUAUAGACAAGAGAAGUAGUGCGGAGGUCACGGAGGCUGUCAACUCCAUGUACCGUUGGUAUCAGAAUGCGAAAGAAUGCUACGCUUAUCUUCAUGACGUAGAUUCAUCGGAUCCUUACGAUGUCGAACAAAGCGAUUGGUUCACUCGAGGCUGGACCCUGCAAGAGCUACUUGCUCCACGUAGUGUCAUCUUCUUCAAUUCAGGAUGGAAUCGUAUUGGCACGAAAGAAGAGUUUGCAACGCAAAUUUUUGCAGCGACCGGGAUCCAGUAUAAAUAUCUGAAAUAUCAGCAUGACUUCUCGUCCGACUCUAUUUCUGUAGCGACAAGGAUGUCUUGGGCCUCUAGGCGCGAGACGAGCAAGCCUGAAGACAUGGCGUACUCUCUGCUUGGAUUAUUCAACGUCAAUAUGCCUUUACUAUAUGGUGAGGGCGCGGUAAAGGCAUUCCUUCGCCUCCAAUCCAAAAUUCUGAAGAAGUCGAACGAUGAAACCAUCUUUGCUUGGACGUCAAACGUCCCGAUGAGACAUGGCAUUCUGGCAACAAAACCCGAGUUUUUUGCUAACUCGGGCGAAUUGAUGCCUAUUGCGUUACCUCUCCGCGAACAGCGGAAGCCGUGGGCAACGACGAAUCGAGGCUUGCGCUUCGAAUUAAAGUCCGGUGAGUAUAUCGAGAGCGAGAAUCCUCAUGAAAUCACCACAAUACUUGACUGUUCAAAGGCAACGGGUGAGUACCUUGCCGUUCUUAGCUUCCAGAGAACUAGACACACGUCGUGGUAUCGGGUCAAUUGCGGCUCGCUCGGAAGCAACGUUGCUAAAAGAGAUCUAAGUAUGAGGGCUGAGAAAAGUAGUGGAAAAGUGAUCUACGUCCAAUCAGACGAGCUGCCACUAUCGUCGUACUAUGUAUGA